AUGUCGCUUGUGAAAUUAUUCUCGCGUCGUUCUAUACGGGUAGCUUCAAUGACAGACAAACAAUUUGGAAAAUACUAUAAUAAUUUAAAUAAUAAACAUCACAUUACAAAUAACCCAAUCAAAUCCCUUUCAACUUCAGUAAAUCAACUCGAGAAACCUGAAUCUGCAUUAAAAUACUGCAUAGAUCUAGUGAGAAAACAUGAUUACGAAAACUACCUUUGCUCAGCACUCUACCCAAAAAACUUGCAACACGCUUAUUAUGCCAUUCGUGCAUUCAAUGUUGAACUUGCAAUGAUACGUGAAAGUGCAAGUAAUCUGCUCAUUGGCAAAAUGAGGAUGCAGUUUUGGCGUGAAUCAAUUGAUAACAUUUUCAAGGGAAGUCCACCGCAUCAACCAGUCGCACUUUUAUUGAAUAGCGCAUUAGAACAUUGUAAAUUAUCGUCUCUUUUCUUCAAAAGGAUUAUCAAUGAGAGGGAUGCAAAUUUGGACAAUCCUCCAUACAUGUCAAUUAAAGAUCUGGAAUCCUAUGGAGAAAACAUAGCCUCUUGUCUUCUCUAUUUACAGCUAGAAUUACUCGGCAUAAAAAACAUACAAGCAGACCACGCGGCAAGUCAUAUCGGUAAAGCAACGGGAAUCGUAACAAUAUUACGCGCAUUUCCAUAUCUGGUAAGUAAGAAAAGGAUGUAUCUACCCGCGGACACGAUGGCAAAAUUCAAAAUCUCCGAGGAAGCAAUUUUUCGUGAGGGCCCUACUGUUAAAGGACUCGACGAUGCAGUAUUCGAGGUGGCGACUAUUGCGCAUGAUCAUUUGUUGACGGCGAGAUCUUUCUUGCCAGAUAUUCAACGAGAAGCUAUGCCAGUUUUUUUGUCUUCGGUAAUUUUGAUUGACGCGUUUUGA